GACUGUGUUAGAGAAAGAGUGAGAGCUAUUUGAGUGGAGAGAUAUUUGAGUGAAGAGUGAGUGGAGGGUGUGUGUGUGUGUGUGUGUGUGUGUGUGUGUGUGUUGUGUUGUGUUGUGUUGUGUGUCAGUGAAGUGUGAGUGGAGUGUGAUUUGCUGUUGUGGAGAGAGACUGUUUGUGUGAUUGUGUGUGUGAGUGCGAAAUUCAUCAACAUGCGGAGACAACGGUCCAUGCCAGCCUGUCCUGAAAUCCACCUCGGACAGGCUGGAGGACACGGGCAACAAAGGCGUCAUCCAGGACAGGCCCUUGGCACCUGCCACCGAGGAAGCCAAGCUGGACCUCUGGUGGGGACCUGGCUGCGGGGGAGCCAGCAUGGACAGCUUGCAGAGACCGGGCAGGGCGGACACCAACUCGCCUCAACUGGGGUAGGAACCCGGCAAGUCGGGAGCCAGCCUGGGCCCGGAGUGGGGAGCUGGCAAGGUGGGAGGCAAGGCUGCCCCUGGGCAGAGGACUGUGACAUCAGCGUGGUGGGCAAGGGCCUGCUGACACCUGGCCCCGAGGAGCCCACCCGCUUCGCUGCCCAGGGAGCCGAGUCCAGCACCACCGGGGAGAGGCCCUGUGUGUCCAAAUGUCACUCCAGGACCACAGGGCCACUUCCCGCCAGAGUCCCCCCCAUAACGCCGCGGCCCAUCAAGGGGCUGGCCAUCAGCCAGGUGCCGCGGAAGGCUUUCCGGGCCAGGAACUGGCUCGACCAAGACCGACAACUGGGUGCAGCUGACUUAACACCCCAGCCCUUGUCACCAGGCACUUUUAACAUCCAAACGUGCCAGCUGCACCAAAGCCGGGUUCCUGACGCCAGCCAAUUCCUGAAGGUGGUGCCCAGCACCCCCACAUCCCUGCUGCCCGCCCUACCCACCACAAACCCACCACAGGAAGCCAUGGAGACGGAAAACCAUGGAGUGGUCGCUGUCAACCAAGCCCCUGAUGACCAGGGAACAGGGGAAAUAGAGGACGCCGCCCAGCGUCCUCUCAGGUCAGCGAUACCCACCCACCGUGACCCCCAAACCCAGUUGGGGAGCCACACCCGCCCCACGAUGUACCACCGCAGGGAACCUGACAACCCGGGGACUAAUGAUAGGCCAAGAUGUGGAGCAAUGUUAAGGCUCAGGCAGAAAAUUGCAUCCCAGUUUGCCCGACCACUUUCAUCGAACCAAACUCAGGGGACAGAAAAGAAGCCGCAGCCGCAGGUGGAGGGAGUGAAGGGCGAGGCCAUAAAGAACUGCUCCAAACAAGCCCAGGAGGUGCAGGAGGCGAUCAGGAAAGACCCAGACCUGCCCACCGAGAGUGCAAGGCCCCGCCACACCUUAGCAGAACACUCGCGGGGGGCCGGGGAGCUUCGGCAAGAUAGGUCUCGACUGCGACACCAGAGGCCACCGGAACAACAACAUCAGUGGUAUCACUAUUUCCUGGUGGAAGGUCAACAGUUAAUACCUCCCCGGCCUCCCUCACAACCUCGCCCUACUGCACAGCCUCGAACACCAUUACAACCUCCCCCUCCAUCACAACCUCAUCCUAGGGCACAACCUCAUCCACCUACCCAACCUCGACCUCCUGUACAACUUCGCCCUCUGUCCCAACCCCGACCUCCAGCCCAACCUCGACCUCCUGCACACCUUCGACCUCUAAUUCAACCUCGACCACCAGCCCAACCUCGACCGCCCGCACAACUUCGACCUCUGCUACAACCCAGACCGCCUGCACAACCCAGACCUGCCAUACAACCCCGACUUGUGGUACAACCAAGACCUCCAGGACAACGCAGUCCUCCAAAGACCCCUGGAACCUCUUCACCCCACCCCAAGACUGAUGCACAGUAAUUCCAGGACUAGUGCAACCAUUUCUAGGUGUUGCAUACACUUGCUUACGAAAACUUUUGUUUCACUCUAGAUUAGGUAUUUUCUUUUCCUUUGAUGUUUUAAUUAGCUUGUUCCAGUUGUUUGUUCCAGUUGUUUUUAUAGACAUUUUUAUAGAAUUAGUAAUGUAGAAUAGACUUUAUUUCAUUUUAUCCUAUUUUAUUUUAUUUUAUUUUGCAUUUAUGCCAUUGUUUGCCUGAUUAUUUCAUUUUAUCCUA